UAUUUUUGUAUGGAGCACUAUAGACAGAAUUUAUUUAUUUACUACAUCAGCUGUUUAUUUGAAUCUUUAGUGUAGUAUUUAAACUUACAAAACGGGAUGCCGUUUAUUUCCAAAGAUUGGAGAUCUCCGGGAGAAGCAUGGGUUAAAACCGAAGAAGGAUGGGAAAAGAAAAAAGUGUUAGAAAACUGUAAAUCCUUGCAAAAGGCGUUGAGAAAUGAUAUUUCAGAAGAGGAGAGUGAUACCGAUACUGCCAUUCAACCUCACUGUCAUAUAACAAUAAAAUGUACUAAAGAAAUAGCAGGGUUUAACGAAUUAGACGAAGCCGUCAAACGACUAGAUUUCAGAAGUGCCGUUCGAGAUGUCCGUAGAUUUAAUUAUAUAUGCGCUUUAUUGGAACUAUUAAUCGGUCAACAGAUGACAGCUCUAUCGGGAUGUUCCCAAAAAGUUCUAUUAGCUAUGUUGGAAGAGGUCGCUAGUCACGCUACCAAAAGUCAACAUAAUCCGAGAGGUUUUCGACAACUUCUUAGUAAUUUGAGUGCGUUAAGGGCGGCCGAAAGGGACGCUUGUUGGGGAGGCCCAUUAGGAUCUCAAUUACUCUGGGACCAACACGCAACAAAGAUAGAAAGGAUAUUGAACAUGGCAGCUAAAAUGCAGAUCUGCGAACCGAAUACUCAACCACAAUUAAUGCAGUUACCGGAAGAGUGUAUCAGAGAAAUUAUUUUGAGAUUAUCCGACCACAAAGAUUUACUAGCAAGUGCGGAAUCUUGCGAACGAAUGGCAGCUAUUGUUGGCGAACAAAGAAUAUGGCGCGAACUCACUAAAUUUCAUUUUGUUCCUCAACAGAUAAAUUUAUUUUUACCCAAAGACAAUAGUAACGUUAACUGGAAGGAAGUGUAUCAUUCUUUGAAAAAGACUUUUGGUAUAAAUGAAGAAAGGCAAUACGCCGAAAUGUUAUCGUUAUGCAGAUACUGCCGUUGUUUAUUUUGGAGGUCCUUGGGGCAUCCGUGCAUCGCCGAUCAAUGUCCCGAAUUUCGCGCUCGUAUCCAAGAAGCUGGAGGUAUAAGCGCUCCUGCCCCAGUCCCUCCAUCGGCGUUUCUCAAAUUUUUCUCAUUGUAGAAUAAUUGCCUUUACUACGAUCUCAUUCUCGACAAAUUUAUUUAGGCAUUUCUUUUUGAAAUUCGUACGUAAAGUUCAAAGAAUUUUUGGUUUUCAAAUCGACAUGGAAAUUUUACAUUUAUUUAAAAAAAAUUAUCUUGCCACUCAUCUUCAAUACCUUUGGUAGUUGAUGUUUUAUCUUCAUUCCUCUUUUAUUAUAUUUUUCACCUGAUUUAUAUAAUUCUUCUCCAUUUUAUUAUCAAUUAUUCUAUUUAUUUUUCUCGUUGAAUCAUAACUUUAUUGCCACUUCUUUUAAUGUCUUCUUUUUCUGUCAAAUAUGUCAUUUAUUUUCUUGUGACAUUUAAGUCCAUUUGUCGUAUCAAUCCUUUGAAGGACUAUCAACUUUUUUUGUGUCUGGUUUUUGAUUUUUGAUUCAAACGUGCAUUCAACAACAAGUCUUUUCUUGUUUUUAUAUUGAUAUAUCCGUGUUCUGUAUUUUAUCUUUUAUCUAUAAGGCUUUCAAUUCUUGAUGGCUUUAUUAAACCUUGCUUUAAGUUUGAAGUUGGAUGAUACAAAAACACAGCGAAAAAAAAUGGAAAACAUACAGUUUUGUCUCGAUGGUAUUCUUUUAUUUUGAUUUGCGAAUUUCCUUCCGGUGAACCGUAACGUGUGUGGCAACCAUUAUGGAGAUUUACAAAUUAUUUUGUUUUUUGUGACGUCGCUUCUUUAAAGAUAAUUGUUCCUAUGGUAAAUUUAUACCAUAUACCAAAGACCAUUCAACACUUUAAAUUUUAAAUCACAAUUUAAUAUUUAACAUCACAAUAAAUCUUUUAUUCCAUGAAAAUUCGACGGUGAAUUGUCACAGUUCCUCCAUCUUCCAUCCAUUCAAACAAAUAACCUUUAAAAUACCAUUUUUUUGUACAAGACAAAUAUUAAUGUCAUAGCCUUUAUAAGGUCAUUAAUUUUAAUGGUAGUUUACUUUCGGAAACGACGUGGCAAAUUACAUUUGCAACAACUAAAGGGUGAGACACGCGUGGCUACUCCGCAAAUAUGACAACAAUGCAAACGCACGUGAUUUGUUGGUCCCAUAUUUCAAAGGCCGCUUGACAUGAUGCAAGACAACGUGCAAUGCAGUAUACUUAGAGGAAGUUCAGAUGAUUGUUUCAUGCAACCUCAGAAGUGAAUUUAAGUAUAUUUUCCAGUAAAAAAAAUCAAAAUUAAGAACUUGUCACUAAUAAAAGACGGUGUUGGGGUGUUUAUAAUUUAUUCAUAAAUAAAUUUCAGGCUGUUCCAGUGCACUGCUGAUGCUGAUUGAACAGCAUAAGAGGAUAAAAAAGAAUCAUCUUUAUAAACGGAUUUUAUAUUCUACAAAGAAAUUGAUUUGUGUACAAAUAUUUCGAUUUUCAUUCUACUUUCAACAGUCUAGUAAACAUGGUUUAAUCAUAAAGUGAAAAUUGCCAUGCCUUUCUGAAGAAACUUAUUUUAUUUCGGUUAAAUCAAAACUCGUUUUCUAAUAGCAGUGCUACCGACCUGAUAUCUGUCACUUAGUCUUUGUUAAACUCAAAACUUCUUUUUCCUAACUUUGGCUUCAGCAAAUUUGGUAAUAACUUCGUCAAAAUAGAUUUCAACGGAUAAACUAGCUAAUCUAGAUAGAGCUCAUUGUUGACCUCAGUUUUUUAUCAGUUCGAGUUUCGAAAAUCUCCCGUCCCAAGAAACUACGCUGCACCUUUUGAUACAAAUAAUAGAGGCAGUCUCAUUUCACUGUAUGUAGAUUAAUUUUCAUUUUGACAGACCACCGCAAACUAUUUAAAUUUUUUCUAAUACUACACGAUUUUGGGCAUGUUUUUCCCUUUCUGUCACAAUGAAUUGUGGCACUCGGGGCAGCCCGCACAUGCCUUGGUGUUAUCUCAAGUUUUCAUUUUUCUUGGAAGUUUGUUGAAUGUUUCUUUAUCCAUGUUUUCUCGUCUAAUUCUAUAGCUAAAUUUACGUUUUCCCUCAUUCUAUUUGGCCAGGCCUUGGCCCACCAUCGACUAGGUGCUCUUUUCUAUCCAUCAGACUCCAAAAGCAAAGCAGUAGUCUAGAAACCUACCUCAAAAUAUAAAAUAAAAUUUGAGGUUAGGAAAUUGUUCACUUUUUCUUUAUAAAGGUCGUUUGAUAUGGUGCAAGACAACGUGAUGCAUUUCCUUACAAGGUUAAAAUAUUGCAUGUCGCUUGACAUUAUGACUACAACUAACAAACAUUUCAUUAGUAAAAGUGCAAAAUUUCCUUACCACAAAUUUUACUUAAUAAUUCUCUGUGACCGGCUUAAAAAUGAAAAUAACAAAGCUAAGUAAAAAAAAUUCGUCCUAGAAUUGUAGAUUCUACGCAAUAAAAAUGGCACAAAGCCGAUCUUGUUGCAAAUGCGGGAUCUUACAUGAAAUAAUCCGCAGAAUUUAAUCUGCGCAUGUUUUUUAUCAAGAAAUAUUACGCCUCGCAUUUCAUCGCACGUUGUGUUGCAGCAUGUCAAGCAACGUGCAAAAUUUUGAUCUUCCAAGAAAUUGCACGCAAUAUCUUGCACGUUGUCUUACCUGAUAUCAAGCGGUCUUAACUGAUACGUUGCGAUUUCAAAUGAAUAACUACGCGGUAGUAGUACGGUGCGGUCAUGUGUGUAUCGGCCUUAAGGCAGCUAUUGAGCAAUUUAAUAAUAUUGAACGACAGUGUUUGAUUAAUAUUCGACUGAUUUUUUUUAUAUAUUUUGAUUGUUUUUACAUUAUUUUAGCGUUUAGGUUUGAAUUUUACCGUACUAAUUAUUUGGUGGAGUAAAUAAUUAAUUGCUUCUAAUCAAACUAAAAUUAAUUCUAGUAAUUUAUAUUUAUAAACCUUUUAGGACUUUCAGUUCAAUUUAUUAAAAAAUAUUUUCCACCCAAAAAAAAUUAUCCCUUUGGUAUACGGAUUAUCACUUAGAUUGAAGUUGUGUGGAUUAAUUAAAGUGGCAAGAGGGAAUCUUGGAUUAGAAUCGUCAUAUACGAGGUUGAACAGCUUCAUUGGGAUGAUCCAAGAGCCUCGCAGUCACUUUAUGCACGAUAACCACUAACAUCUUUGAGGAAAAUAUAGAAUAAGUUUGAUGGCGGCAAGGACGAAGUCAAGAAGAUCCUGGAUCCAUGAUCCCAGGAAGGUUCAUAUCAGGAGAUAGAGCUUCAUACCUUCAUAGUACUAAUUUAAGUCUGUUACGAUGACCAUAAACAUAAAUGGAUCCCUAACGGCAUACACCACACCAUCACGUGGAGGUGAAUUGUAUCUUUUCAAUGAUAUCCCGUCGUCGGAUGGAUUUUGUGUCCGAAAAAGCUCAACAAAUCCAAAUAGAACCGCGAAUGGAGCUAGUUGUGCAAAACCUAUUGUAGUAUUAUGAAGAGGUUGCUUUCCUGGAGCGGGUUAUCACAGGUGACAAUAGCAGGUGCAUGAUUUUGAGUCUGAGAUAAAUCGCUACAGCAUACAAUGAAAGUAGUCGUUACCUCACCUUAAAAAAAUCAGGGUUAUACCAUCAGCGGGCUAGGUGAGGAUAACCGUCUUUUUUAACUUCUUAGGUCCGAUAUUCAUCGAGCUCGCAAAACGAUUAACAGUGACGUGUACUGUGAGACAUUUUUCCGGAAGUCCCAAAGUAGUUUGGAUUCUACUCCGCGAUUACGCCCGCCAAGUCUUCAGUGUUACACAAAGUGGGAGCAGCUUCAGUAUCCGCACUACAGCCUGUUUGGUCUCAUAAAGAAAACAUAUCAAAAGGAAGCGCUUUAAUUCUGACGAUGAACUUACAGUCUCAGGAAUUUCGGCUCGUCAACAGUGAUGUGCUUAUCUUCUUUCUACCUCUUCUCCUAUUAGAGGUUUGACGCGGAAUCUUUCUUGGAGAUUAUAUAUCUUAAUUUUCAAAUAACAAAAAUGAUUCGGCUUUAAACCGGUAGACACACAAUUCCACACCUCAAUGUUCUGGGCAAUAAUUCUGUUUAAGUAGCCGUAAUAUGAAUUACCAGUUCCAAUGUACUCUAAACUAGAAAUUCUGAAGAUGAUGUGUUUUAUGAUUCAAUAAGUUGAUAUGCUCUUUAAAAGAAUACUGUAGUGACCAAGUGCAGAAUAUUGAUGAAUAGAUUGCCACUAGGUACAAUAACAGAAGGCAAAAUAAAUUGGUCACUUUUUUGUUAUUGGCAGAGUGAGAACUAAAUUUCUACAUAGAUUAACUUCCCUGGACAAUACUGUAAAUCUACUGUUCUCUUCAAUAAGAAAAGGUUGAAGUAUAUCACUUAAAUAGCUUCCUUUGAAAGCGUUAUUCCAUAUUUCUCUUAGUUCCAAGGGAAGUACCUUUGGUUGACCUUCAAAGAAUGAUAAAACAGUUUUCCUUCCACUUCUACGGUCACUAUUUACAAUAGCAAGAAACUGAGGCAGAAUAUAAAUGUUUUACAAUACUUAGACACUAUGAAAAUGUAACAAUAAAACUUGUUUAGUCAGUUGCCUACAAGUUGUGCUGAGUGGGCACAAUUAAUUCCAACUUGUUUCCUUGCUGUACUGGUUUCCUUGUUAAUAUACAAUUGAUUCAAAAUCUUACCUAUGAAGGGCACAGAAUCCAUUCACCAUGUUUCUAUUGAUCCGUAAAGCAGUGUCUCUAUAUGGAUGAUAAGUGUUGGCUUUCCCGUUUUCUAUAUAGUUAAUGUUUGAAGCCAAGCUGAUUUCAUUGGGUAAAGAAGGUUGAGUAAGACGUGCGGAAUUAGGGACCAAGCAUACGAAUUUUACAUCGACCAAGUUUCAAAUCUCCAUAUCCAAAUGGAUAGAAAGUUUAUCCCCAAUCAAUUUAAACUAGUAAUCUUUUAACAUAAAGUGAAAACGUAGUUUAAUGUUUGAAAUACGUCUAUCCAUUUUAUCAUUCAUUAUCAGUUUAAUCAGCUCCUUUAAAAUGGGAAAAUAUUUCCCUUUGCGUUUCAAUGGAUAGACCUUUAGUUGACACCUGAAGAAAGGUAACCCAGCACUCCACCAGUUAAAUAGGUUACUUAUCAGUUAACGUCAGUUGACUGAGCAAAAUUCUUUUCUAAGUUGGAUUUUCUGGAACCGUUGGUGAUAUUCAUACUGAACACACUGUUUAUACUACCAAUACAUCAUCACCCACAAUGUCUGACGCGCGUUUCGAUAAUCAAGUUAUCGUCUUCACAGUAAGUAUCUUCAGUCUCUGAAGACUUGGUUAUUAAAAUCCGUAUCAGAUAGUGUAAUUUUGAGGGUUUGUGUCGUGGUAAUGCAAACAGUUUCCUAAGUAAAAAAUUGUACUAGUUGUUUUGCCAAUAUAUUAAGUUUAUACCCGAUGUCACAAUAACAAACUGAGUCCUAAUAGGGUUGUUAUGUGUAAAAAACGAAUUUCAAAAAAAUGUCUUUCGUUGUGCUUCUUGUGCAUUGUGAUAUAUUUAUCUUGUAAUUAAGAAAAUAUCUACUAAAUCGUGUGUAAUAGUAAUAAUAAUAAUAGAUGCUAUAUUUCUCAUAGUUAUAUAAAAAUCUAAUUUGUGGUUGAAAAUUAAAAUUAUUUUUAAUUAAAAAA